AUAUCACCUUUUCUUUCGUUACAGAUACAAUGCCGUAACCAACAGUGCCAAUAUACAAAUAAGUGUUACUUACAUUCGUACUUAAAUAAGUUUUAACAUGGACCCAGGGUACUUCGAUAUAGACAGGAAGCAGAAUCCGAGGGAGACGGCCAAUCUCAUAUCGAAAUCAUGUUUUUGGUACACAAGGCCACUGUUCGUGAAAGGUCGCAAAGGUCAACUUAGCAUAUCAGAUGUAUACAGAUGUACUCCAGGACAUAGGGCGGCGCCUCGGGGAGACGCGUUGGCCGAGAAAUGGAAACAAGAACUGGAUAACCGGGAAAAAGGCAAGAAACCGUCCCUACUGCGUGCUAUUAUUAAGAUAUACGGUCUUAAGUUUAUCAUAGGAAAUAUAUUGUUCGCCAUUGUCGACGCUAGCAUAAGGCUAUCCAUUCCAAUGUGCCUCGAGGGCUUAAUAAACUAUUUUUCACCAAACCACGCCGGCGUCAGCACCACUCUGGCGUACUUUUAUGCGGCGGGGGUAGUAGGUUUUAUGGCGAUAAAUGCAAGUAUGAUGCAUCCUAUGUUGUUGUGGUUGUUGGACAUGGCUAUGAAAAUAAGGGUGGCUUGCUGCUCCCUCAUCUACAGGAAGCUCCUACGACUAGAAACCAGCGAGAGCGGUCUCUCCGGCCGAGUGCUAACUCUCCUGACCGCCGACGCGCCACGUUUCGACAUGGCCUGCCUGUUCAUGGUGGAUCUAGUUCGAACGCCAAUAGAGAGCUUGCUCAUUGUGUACUUAAUGUACAGGCAAAUUGGUGUAGCUACAUUGGUUGGAGUGGCGUUUCUGCUGAUGUUUAUUCCUCUACAAGGUUACCUGGGCAAAAUAUCCAGUAAACUACGUCGGAAAACAGCCAUGCGGACCGACAACAGAAUCAGACUAAUGAACGAAGUUAUUCAAAGUAUAGAAGCUAUCAAGAUGUAUGCUUGGGAGAACGCGUUCGCUAGGAUCAUAGGAGAGGCUAGGAAAAAAGAAAUGAACAUAAUAAAAAAGAUGUCCUGGUUGCGCGCAGUCAUGAUAUCCUGUGUCAAACUGAACACCAAAGUCGCCAUAUUUCUCUCAAUAAUCUCCUUCCUUUCCUUCGACAACGAGUUAACCGCCGCCAAAGUGUUCGUCAUAUUCUCCUACUACGAGAUACUAAAGUACACCUUAGUGGAUUUCCUCCCUCUUGCUAUCACUUUCACUCUCGAGGCGUACGUGAGUGUGAAGAGGAUGCAGGAGUUUCUGCUGCUGCCGGAGGUGGAUAAUAAGGAUGGGGUGGAUUUGAUGAUGAUUGAUGAGAAGGUGAAGGCUAAUGGGGUUUUUGAGAAGAUUGGUAAUGGGCAACAGGCCUACAUAAAAUCGGACACGAACCUCGAGAAGCUAGCGAAGCCACAGGUCCUUGUAACUAUGAAAAACUACACGGCGUAUUGGAAAAACGCCGAAUCGGGCGACAGCGGGGACAAUAUGGACAGAAAAACGCUAGCGCUCAGCGAUAUCAAUCUAGUUAUAAAACCCGAAAGCCUCACCACUAUAGUGGGUACAGUCGGCUCCGGCAAGUCCACGAUACUGCAAGCCAUCCUACGCGAGCUACAGCCGAGUCAAGGGCACUUGGAGGUCACGGGGACGGUGGCGUACGCCGCACAGGACCCGUGGCUGUUUGAGGCCUCUGUCCGUCAAAACAUCCUGUUCGGUCAAGAGAUGGACCUCAGGAGGUACAAGCAGGUCAUCAAGUGUUGCCAGCUGAAGAGCGAUCUGGAAAUACUGUCGCACGGCGACAAGACCAUCGUCGGUGAAAGAGGCGCUUCACUGUCCGGCGGACAGCGAGCUCGCAUAUCGCUGGCGAGAUGUGUGUACCAACACGCUGACGUGUACCUACUGGACGACCCGUUAGCCGCUGUCGAUGCUAAGGUAGCCCAGGCUAUGUACGAGGAAUGCAUUCGUGGGUUCCUAAAGCAUUCUGCAGUGGUGCUGGUCACACACCACGCGCACUACGCGCGCCACGCGGACAACGUGUGCGUUAUGCGUUCUGGAAAGAUUGUGGCACAAGGCACGUACCACGAACUCCAAAAUGGCGUGCAAGAGUUCAAUGCCCUCAUUGAAAUGGGGGAGAAGAUAGAAGAGAAGAAACAGAAGGAGAAGAUAGUCUACGAGAAUCAGGACAGUGUGGAACACAGUCACAAGCUGCGAUCCCAACGUUCCAUGUCGGAGGCCUCUCAGUUGUCGUUCAACCUCGAUUUGGAGAGCCACUUGGACCCGACUUACGAAGGAGAAGUCCAGCAUAAAGGGUCUGUAGAUAACAGCGUCUACGUAUCUUACAUAAAGAGCGGCGGCACCAAAUGGUCAAUGACCUUGAUGUUCACAUGUUUCCUACUCGCACAAGUGUUCUACUCGUCUACUGACAUAUGGCUUAAGGAAUGGGUUAAUAUGGAGGAGGCCAACAGCGCAGCGGUACGGGUCGCCAAGAACCAAACACCAUCGUUACCAACCCCAGAAUUCACCGAAGUGUCCGGCAACGUGUUCCACCUAACCCGCAACCAAUGUGUGUACGUGUACGCGAGUCUCAUCGGAAUCUGCAUAUUCUUUACUUGGAAUAAGCUGGUUCUCUUCUACAACACUUGUAUACGCGCGUCCAUCACACUGCACGACACCAUGUUUAGGGGAGUGACCAAUGCGCCGAUGUGGUUUUUCCACCAUAACCCCUCCGGACGCAUCCUGAAUCGGUUCUCGAAAGAUAUGGGGCAAGUUGAUACACUGCUGCCGGUCGCUUUGGUGGACUGCCUUGGGUUCUUCCUAGAAGUGGUCUCCAUCCUAGUGGUGGUGUGUCUGGUGAACUGGUGGCUGCUGCUGCCCACGGGUGUGGUGGCUGCCCUGCUGUUCCUGCUGCGGAGCCUGUUCCUCAGCACCAGCAGGGAGCUGAAGAGGAUAGAGGCUAUAGCUCGCAGUCAAUCGUUGAACCACACGACGGCCACGGUCGGUGGUCUGGCCACCAUUAGAUCGACGAAGGAAACCCAGGUCACCCUAGCGAGAGAAUUCGACAAGUUACAGGACCUCCACAGUUCCUCAUGGACCCUGGUCCUCAACACGAACAGGGCUUUCGGAUUCUGGAUGGACAUGGUCUGCUGCCUCUAUCUCGCCUUCGUCACCUUCAGCUUCUUUCUAUUUAGCGAAGAUACUAUCGGGGGUAACGUCGGACUGGCCAUAACACAGGUUAUAGGGUUAGUGGGAAUGUGCCAGUACGGCAUGCGGCAGACUGCUGAAGUGGAGAACCAAAUGACAUCCGUGGAAAGAAUGUUAGAAUACACAAACCUAGAGCCAGAGAAGCCGGUGGAGGUGGACACGAAAGCUCUGAGGUCCAACCACCCGACCUUAAACUUCGAGCAAUGGCCUGAAAAAGGUGAAAUCGCCUUCGAGGACGUAUCCCUAGAAUACGAGAAACCCCCCAAAAAGGAGGAGCUUCAAAAUCCCCACAAAAAGCACAAAGAUGUCGAAGCCCCCAAAGUUGUUGAGGCUAAAGAGCUUCCCUCAUAUGCUAUAAGGGGGGUCAGUUUCGUUGUGAGGCCUGCCGAGAAGGUAGCUGUUGUUGGAAGAACUGGAGCUGGCAAGAGCUCACUCAUACAGGCCCUGUUCAGGUUAGGUAAGACGUCAGGCAAGAUAUCCGUGGACGGUGUGACGGCCGAGGAGGCGGGGCUCCGCGCGUGGCGCCAGCGCCUCGUGGCGCUCCCGCAGCGGCCUGCCUUGUUCGCCGGACCGCUACGGGACAAUCUCGAUCCGCAGCACAUAUAUACUGAUGCUGAGAUAUACGACGCGUUAAAUGAGGUGGAACUAACCGAAAUGAUUAACAACAUGCCAGCUGGCCUGUCGACGAUGGUGGGGGACGGCGGAGGCAACUUCUCCGCGGGGCAGAGGCAACUGGUUUGCCUCGCGCGGGCCGCCUUGGCUCGCUGUCGAGUGUUGGUGCUUGACGAGGCGACUGCCAACGUGGAUACUGAAACCGACAAGCACAUCCAGAACACAAUUCGCAGCAAAUUCGCGCAUUCCACCGUGCUCACCAUCGCGCACAGACUCAACACCGUCAUGGACUACGAUAGAGUCAUCGUCAUGGACCGUGGACGCGUGGUGGAGUCGGGGCACCCGUUCGAGCUGCUGGCGCCGCCGGCCCGCGACGCGCCGCGCCGGUCCACACUGCUGUCCAAGAGCCAGGCUCCGUUAGCGAUACCGGAGAAUUUCACAUUCGACCCGUCCGCCGAGCGCGACGUCGACCAGAACGAAACGCUCAUCGUGUCGCGCGACAGGACCAGGACUUACUCCAACAGGUCUGAAGUGAGCGACGUAGAUGGAGGUAUCUUCAAAACGCUAGUGGAACAGACGGGCCGCGACACCGCAGCCAUGCUAUACCAGAUGGCCGAGGAGAGCUACAACAAAAUGCUGGCAAGGAAGAGCAAAGUUGAAUAACCGGUCCUACUCGCCACAUUGAAGAAAAUAUGCAUCAAUCAAUUAAAGACCAUUACAGUACAUCUGGCGCUACAUUACGAUACCCUGUGGUAUAAUAUAGUACAUUGUGCAACAUGGGGCGUAAGUUGAAUAUUGCAAACGAGAGUAAGUUAAAUCGCGACGCCUUGUAUAAAGACAAAAAACUGUUAAUUAUGGCACUAGAAACUUCAUAACUCCCUAGGGAGAACGCUUUUUCUAUAACUCCCACUAAACCUGCGUGCAAUUCCACAUUUACUGAGCGAGUGUGAUGAAAAGUACAUUACGUAACUACGUUGAAAAUUAAAAUGGCCAUAUGUACUGUAAAACCUACGAUACACGUGCGAAUACGUGAUUCGCCACUCGUUGCGAAUUUCCCAUUUUCCGCACUUGUAUCGCAAAUUACUGUAAGUGCCUUGCCAUGAGGACUAUAAUCUGUGUAAAGAAAUCUUCCAAUACUUAAGAGGGAAGUGGGCGGCCACUUCUCAAUACAAACGUAGUUCCCAUUUUCCUCUCUCGUCGCCCCUUAAUGAUAAUGUCUGUUCGUUUUAUAUCGAUUACGUCUCGAAUUUAAACUGUAUAUUUUUCGAAUACAUAAUAUUAUGUUUACUGUAUCCAAUCCACCAUUAUAAUAUAACAUUCGUGAUAAAUACCCACAAUUUGACAAAAAAACUAGGUCGCGAUUUAAGUCACAUUGAAAUCACAUUAAAAUUAUGCAUUUCUACUUAAUUAAUUUAAAUAUUAUAUAUUAGUGCCUUUUGCAUUUAAACAAUGAACGGGUAUUGGCCAGGUUUUAUAUGGCCGAAUUUUAAAAAUCAUCAUAGGGUAAUUCGUCAAUAACUGGCCACCUUAUACUAAAAAUGAAUUCUAUUCACCAAUAAUGUAUAAACAGAAUUAAUUUUAGUACAAGGUGGCUAGUUAUUAAAUGAUGGCCAGUUAUUGAAACCUUAUACUAAAAUUAAUUCUGCCUUUAAUUUUACUAAAACUUAUGAGAUAAAUGAAUAGAAUUAUUUUUUAGUAUAAGGUGGCCAGUUAUUAAACAGUGGCCAGUUAUUGACGAUUUACCCUAAUACCUUAACUAGGUAUGACCAAAAAUAUGAAAAUCUAAUAGCGUAAAACGAAAAAUUUUACAAUAAUUGGCUAAGCCAUUUUUCUUAGGCAAAUAACUUAACGCUUGAAGAUUAAUUUCAUUACUAUAAGCAUCACAUAUGAAAUGAAAAAAAAAAAAACGAAGUACCAAAUCUCAAUUCGGAACAUAGUUAACCAAUUUGUUUGCUAGGCCACUAUAGAACCGUAAACUACUAGAAUAGAUACAUGACAUACAUCACAUAUUCCUGACAUAUAUGUCAGUAACUUUGGCCGUUUGUCAGGAAUACGGCCGGAAUACGAAAAUGUCAGGAAUUUUUGUGAAUUAACAUACCUCUUUUGUUAUGUGCCUAAAAAGGUACAUUAUUAAAAUGUACUUACAUAAAUUCAAACAAAUUCACAAAUCAAAUUUGUUUUCAAACAAACAUAUCAAAUCAAAUUUAUUGUAAUCUGGUAACACUCGUAGAAGAUAAACAGAUUGAUUCAUUAUGACAUGGUUAUGGUUCUAUAGUGGCCUAGGAAUCAUAUUGGUUGACUGUACAAAGAAUUGACAUUGCGAAAUGGUUACUCUGUUCGUAACCAGUUACGAACAAAAAAAAAGUUCUUGUUCAUAACUAUACUCUGUUUCUGUAGGUAUUUAAAUAAAAGUAAACAAAAUCAUUACAUGAUCAAAUAAUGUAGGUUAAAGUCAGGUCGUUCAGUGACUGAUCCAGGCGGUUUGGUUGGUUAACCAAUAAAUGUUAUAACUACCCGAAAAUGUACAAAUUGUUUUGUCUACAUUUAUUUAAAUACCCAAAGAUACAGACUAUAGUUCGUACCUUUGUUACGUAAAAAUACACCAAUACUCGUAUCCCUCAGAGAUUCGCCUAUCGGCUAUAAAUCUAAGAUGUGAUCAGGUAUACUUAUUUGCAACAUUACCCAUCCAAUGCAUUUAAUGUCAAUUGUGUGUUGUGAUCAUUUUUAGCUUAUACGCUAAUUAAGGCAUAGGAACACCUAUCAUAAUUAAUAAGACAUGGAGUAUAAAAUUAUCAAAUAUAGGGUGUUUUAGUAAAAGUCAAUUGUCAACUUUUUUUUUCUGUUGUGUCCCGUGAGUCAGGAGACAACAGUAACACACGACAACAGCAACCCACUUGUAACAUGAUCAUGAUUAGGUAGUAGAAGGUCCAUAAAUAAAAUGUUUUUAAAUUAUGUAAAUUCCAGUUCUGGUGCAAUUCAAUCCCAGUUUCAAUAUGUGACCCAGGAGACAGAUAAGUAGAUUCACCCAAAAAAAGGUGCUGUUAGGCAACAAAAUGAAACAUAGCAUACAAAGUUCUUAAUUAUUACUUAGGUACUUAAAGUACCUCCAAGAAAAAUAACGAAAUAAAAUUCGCUUGUCCCAUUAUUGGGGCAAGUACCCUUACCGUAUGAGCACAAGUACAUGGAAUGUAAGGGUCAAACACAUUUCAGAAAAAGGUCACUUCUGUGGACAAUACAUUAAAAGUUAACGCCCGUACAUGUAUAUCACAUUUUUCUUAUAUGAGUCUCAAGUAGUGAAAAAAUGUAUCCCACCUUAAGGGUGCAGCGUAAAAUUUUGAUUUUGAUUCUCUUUGCUAUGUCUACAGGAAAAAUGCGAAAGUUAAGCAUACUAUAAAAUGUGUAUGACCCUAAGGUCAGUGUCUUAACCUCAUGUCUUCUGAUAAAGUAAAUGUCAAUACAAACUGAAACUUGCCUUAUCAACAGACAUCGUAAAUUUUACAGCAUUUUUGGUGCAGCGAAGUGGUGUUAACGGAAUUGGUAUAGAUGUCGUAGGCCGAUCGUAAGAUCAGGCAGAUCGUAAUGUUCCUGUGUAAUGUUUUGACGAUAGUCACAUUAAACCAAUAGAUAGGUAGGAUAGGUUCGUUAGGUUGCUUCAGAUGCCCGAAGGGCAAACUGCCCAGAAAUAGGAGCCCCGCGUAGCGGGGCUCCGUCGACUCAGGGAACGAGUCAAAGAUUUUCACGUUUCACGAUAUGCCGACGACCGCCGACAUAGAUAAUUCCAACUGAAAUGGUAAAUUAAGGUUAAUAUUAACGUAAUUUACUCUAAUUAAUCAUUAGGGUUUAUACCAAUUCCGUUAACACCACUCCGCUGCACAGAAAAUGCUAUAAAAUUUACGAUGUCUGCUUAUUAAACAUGGUGCUAUGCUAUAUUACUUUAAUUUAAAAUAAUUAGCAAAUUAUAGAUAUACCUAUUAUUACGUAAAUAACGUGCUAUUGUCAAUUAGGUUAAUUCACCAGUAAUUGGCCACCCUAAACUAAAAAUGAAUUCUAUUCACCUAGGUAUAUAAACAGAAUUCAUUUUAGUAUAAGGUUUCAAUAACUGGCCAGCCUUCAAUAACUAACCUUAUACUAAAAUGAAUUCUGUUUAAUAGGUGAAUAUAAUUCGUUUUUGGUUUGGGGUGGCCAGUUACUAAGAGUGGCCAGUUACUGGCGAAUAACCUUACCUAUUAUUACGUAAAUGAUGUGCUAUUUCCAAUUAUGUCAUAUGUUCUAACAUUAUUUUACCUAAUAAGUGUUUCACAUAAUCUAUGUUUUUGUUGUCAAUUAUUUAAAUAUGUUUUUUAAAUAAAUGAUUCGAAUAAGUAACGCAAGUAUUAGAUUUAAUAGUGUUAUUCUUAUCAAUAUUAAAAGUGAAAUUUUAUUAGGUGAAAUAAUAUUAAACGUGCAAUUUAUCAGUAUUCGGGCUCCACUAUUUUUGCCCUAAUUUUAAUUGUAUAUUAUUUAUGCAUUUUUUAUCCCAAUCUUAUGUUAUGUACUUAUUAGUGUAUAUAGUGUUAUGUACUUAAGUGAUCAAAUAUAAAAUGUUAUAUUGGUUGCUGGUACAUUGUGAUAUUUAAAGCGAAUAAAUAUUUUAAAUAUGAA